GUUAACCGCUGAAUCCUCGGAAACAUAAAAAAAGGAUAAACCUCCUGCUUCCGGACAAAGAACCAAAAAAGAAAAUUUUAUUGCGACAGCAUUGAUUUUUCUAAUAUCAUCGUUAUUAGUUUGUUAUAUCAACGAAGCUUCAUGUUUUCUCUAUUGAUAAAUUACCUGCUGCAAGUACGAGAAAAAAGGGGUCGUUGUCGACAUCCCGAUUAUCCUGACGAGGAUCUCAUAAACCUGCUUUAAAAGUCGGGCAACGAGCAAGGAGCUGGAAAACGAAGAGAAAAAAAAAAAAGAAAGAAAAAUUCGAAAAGAGGAAACCGCGUCUCCGAGAUUGGCUUUUGUGCAUUUUUUUUUCUCUAAUUUUUAAUUUGGAAUGAGAAAUUUGGCUACGAUAUUUCGAGCCUGAGAAAAGCUAACGGAACGACGGGAAGGACGAUAUUUUUUUCGAGAAAAAAAAAUUUUGUUUAUUUAAAAAAUAGAUAAAGAGGCACAGUUUUAUAUCUUAUUUUGUUUCUGAAUAUUCAUUGUCUCGAAUGGAGCUUCAAAUGAUAAUGGAUUCGGGUUCUGAGACACUCAAUGCUUCUGCCAACUCCAUGUGGCUUGGCUCUUCGUCGUCGCCUCCGCAGCCCCCUCCCUAUCACCGAUUAUCACCGAACCGGCAGGAAGGACGGAGCAUUCUGUCGAAUCAGCAAGUGAGCAUGGGAUACCACGAGGCAAGCUCUCAGCACGUAUUGUGGCAGGAUAAACGCGAUAAACAUUCGACUUCACCAUCGGGGAAUAAUGGGGAUGUUAAUAACGUGGUUGCCGUCGUGAGCACCAACCGGGAGCAGCAUUCGUCGCUCGCAAAACACUCAUCGACGACUAAUUUUAAUCAAUCAACGAUCAACGGAUUGAAACGUCGACUCGGCGGUGAGGCAGCCCAUCAACACAUGUCCGGCGAAUUGGACAGGAAACAUCCGCGUAGGGACGGAUCCGUAGGAAGCAAUGGUUCCGGUCAGGGAUGGACUUCGACGCAGGUCGACGAAUUUGCUGAACACUUGGCUGCAGAUUUCGAUGGUCCGCUCUCCGCGCUCGCUGCAUCCGAUCUCGCCAACGCCGUUGCCUCUUACAAUAUGAGCGAGGCUCUACUGGCAUUGCCUUCGUUGACAGUUUUUAAACAGGAAGCUCCAUCACCGGAACAUCACGGCAAUAAUUCAAAUUUGAAUCAUACCCAGCAUUCGACGAAUAAUAACGGCGUUGGCGCGUUGGGCAGCAGCGAAGCCGAUAGCAACAAUAAUAACACGACUCACAACAACGAGAUUGCAACAACAACAGAAAUCACAACGAGCAACGGUACGAGCCCUGGAAGCACCACCAGUGUCAAUAAUCAUUCUCAACACAAUAAUUCAGUUAACAACAGACAUGCUACUGCGAACCUUCAUCAAUUGUUGUAUUCGAGCAGCGAGGAUUACCAGUCUAAUUCCUCAUCGGGUAAUCAUGUCUCUUCCUCAUCUUCCUCCUCCCAACAAGGCAAUGAAUUCAACGAGGAUAGCCGAUUCCAGUACGUGCUUGCAGCAGCAACGAGCAUCGCGACCAAGCUCAACGAGGAAACCCUGACUUAUCUCAAUCAGGGUCAAUCCUAUGAGAUCAAGUUGAAGAAACUCGGUGAUCUGUCCGCUUAUCGCGGAAAAAUUCUCAAGUCCAACAUUCGAAUUUGCUUUCACGAGAGACGCUUGCAGUAUACGGAACGCGAGCAAAUGUUAGCCUGGCAACGCGCUCGACCGGGUGAACGUUUGCUCGAAGUCGAUGUUCCUUUGAGUUAUGGUAUGGUCGACGUUGCCCAAUCUUUGCCAUCAAAGAAUAGCGUGGAAUUCAUGUGGGAUCCUACAAAAGAAGUUGGGGUCUACAUCAAGGUAAACUGCAUCAGCACCGAAUUUACACCGAAAAAGCACGGUGGGGAAAAGGGCGUACCCUUUAGAAUUCUCGUGGAAACACGAUUGCCCGAUGGACCUCGUUUGCAUGCAGCUUCGUGUCAAGUCAAAGUUUUCAAACUCAAAGGAGCCGAUCGUAAGCACAAACAAGAUCGUGACAAAAUUCUUCGGAGACCUCCGCACGAACAGGACAAAUAUCAACCCAGUUACGACUGCACUGUUCUUUCGGAUAUUCCUCUGGAUUCGCUAUCGCCAUCGAGUUCAACGAACCCGAACGAGGUUGGGAAUUCAUUCGUCGUAACGCCCGAUGUAAUUACAUCACAGAGCCGUCGUCUGGAAAUUGGAAACGCGUCGUCCUCGAGUUCGGUCGUGGGUAUCGGUACGGGAGUAGGCCAAACAUUAUCACAAUCGCCACAAGUAGUCAACUUUAUGAAUGGGCUCGAGACGAGCAAAGGAGAGAGCCAUGCGGAUCGUUCUUCGAUGAUCGUUGAUACAACGGCAAAAUCAAAAACAACAACGAUUGAAUCAUCGAGUUUGGAAACAAAUUGUAUCGUUCGCGAAGAAGCAACGGGGUCGAAAGUUGAUCGUACCAAUGGCGAAAAUACAGAUUCGUAUCAAUUAUCAGCCGAUGCGAAUGUCGCACAAACGAAUGCUUGGCUGCGUGCGCGAAGAUUUAGUUCCUUCCAAGAGACAUUUGCGAGUUUUUCGGCCCAGGAUAUCUUGCGACUUUCUCGCGAUGAUUUGAUUCAAAUUUGUGGCCUCGCCGAUGGUAUAAGACUCUUCAAUGCUUUACACUCGAAAGCUCCGCAACCAAAACUCACUCUAUACUUUGCGAUCGAGGGCAGCGCCGUUUCACCGUGGCGCGUUAUUUAUCUUGAGAAUCUCAACAGCGCGCUUCUCGCGUCGAAACUCCUUGCAACCCUCAAUUUACCCCACGAUCGUUUACAUUCCGUUCUCAUACAAGGGCCUCAAGGUGUUCACGUUUUGGUCUCCAAUGAAUUGGUCGCUAACAUCAAGGAUGAGAGCAUGUACUUGGUUGAAACGAUCAAAGAUUGCUCGAGCGAACGUUACAAGUUACUUUUGAAGCCAUCGUCUUCCUCGUCGUCCCGUUAACAUAGCAGCGCGGAUACAUCACCAUUUGGAAAGCCUCCUUAGCUCGUAGAUUUAUUGAUUAAUUAUAUUUUCCCUCUAUACUCAUUUUCUGUUACUCGAUUCUCAAAUAAUUGAGAUCAAAUGAAACAUAUAUAAAUAGAGUUUUACAAACAUAUGUAUAUGAAUAUAUAUUAUAUUUUUUUUAAUAGUUGCAACAAUGCUCGUUGAUAAAUUAUACAAUAAAGAUGUAUCGUUAUUAAAUAAUGAA